UGCAGCAACGUGCAUCAGUUCCUCUCUGACCCCAGUGCUAAUCUGCAUUCAGACUGAGACUGCACAGUUUUUUUUCAGCUGCUCGAUAUUAGAGUAGCAUAUUCCGGGGGGCUUCGCCGUCUGUGGCAGUUUUUAAGGCCCUGCUAGGCUGACGAUUCGGCAACAGACACGCAAAAAAAUAAUAUUAUAUAUAAAUAAAUAAAAACAAGCGACGCGAAAUCAAGCUUUCGACUCGCAUCGAUUUUGUUUUGGAUGAUUUCCCUCCAUCGCACGUCCGCCCCGGGUCUAGAUUUGCAGACCCGCUACUGCUAACGUGCGUAAUGUAUGGUAGAGAGAAAACACAGUAAAUAGACGGAGACGUCCAUCUGCAAUAAAGAGGGAACGAAGAUGGUGAUGAUGGCUUCACCAAAUUUAGCCUUCAAAUGCUCGACAGCAAUGGCGAAGCCUUCCCUCUCCCUGAAGCUGUUUCUCUGGGUGUUUAUUCUCGUUAAUCUCCCUUCAAGUUCCUUUCAGACUGAUGACGAUGAUGAGGUGGCUAACAAGACAUGGGUGCUGACGCCCAAAGUGCACGAGAGCGACGUCACACACAUCCUAAACAGCCUACUAGAUGGAUAUGACAACAAACUAAGGCCUGACAUCGGAGUCAAACCAACAGUGAUCCACACAGACAUGUUUGUCAACAGCAUUGGUCCAGUAAAUGCCAUCAAUAUGGAAUACACCAUCGACAUCUUUUUUGCUCAGACCUGGUACGACAGGAGGUUAAAAUUCAACAGUACGAUGAAGGUUCUGCGUCUCAACAGCAACAUGGUUGGGAAGAUCUGGAUCCCAGACACUUUUUUCCGAAACUCAAAGAAGGCCGACGCCCACUGGAUCACCACACCCAAUCGCAUGCUUCGAAUUUGGAACGAUGGUCGAAUACUCUACACCCUCAGGUUGACCAUCGAUGCAGAGUGCCAGCUUAAACUGAACAACUUCCCAAUGGAUGAGCACUCAUGUCCCCUGGAGUUUUCAAGCUAUGGGUACCCCAGGGAGGAGAUUGUGUACAAGUGGAAAAGGAGCUCAGUGGAGGUUGGGGACAUUCGCUCGUGGAGGCUCUACCAGUUUUCCUUCGUGGGCCUGAGGAACACCACUGAAGUUGUCAGGACUGUCUCAGGGGACUACGUGGUGCUGACCGUCUUCUUUGACUUGAGCAGAAGAAUGGGCUACUUCACCAUUCAGACCUACAUCCCAUGCACCCUGAUUGUUGUCCUCUCCUGGGUCUCAUUCUGGAUCAACAAGGAUGCAGUACCUGCCAGGACAUCAUUAGGCAUCACCACUGUGCUGACCAUGACCACGCUGAGUACUAUUGCCAGGAAAUCCCUUCCAAAAGUUUCCUAUGUGACCGCCAUGGACCUGUUUGUGUCUGUCUGCUUUAUCUUCGUCUUCGCCGCACUUAUAGAGUACGGCACGCUGCACUACUUUGUCAGCAACAGGAAGCCUAGCGCCAAAAAGGACAAGAAGAAGAAAAACCCGCUCCUCCGGCUCUUUUCCUCAAAGCAGACACCCACGGUAGACAUCCGUCCACGCUCGGCCACAGCCAUUCAGAUGAACAACGCUACGCACAUGCAGGAGCGAGACGAAGAGUACGGCUAUGAGUGUCUGGAUGGGAAGGACUGCACCAGUUUCUUCUGCUGUUUUGAAGACUGCCGCUCCGGUGCCUGGCGGCACGGCAGGUUACACAUCCGCGUCGCCAAGAUAGACUCGUAUGCACGCAUCUUCUUCCCCACUGCAUUUGGUCUUUUCAACCUGGUCUACUGGGUCUCCUAUCUCUAUCUCUAGGCGUGGGUGUGUACGCCUGGGUGUGUACCCAGCCUUAUCAUACAGUUCAUUACAUUCUACAUAUUCUCUUUGCCAGCAAGGGACAUUUUAAAAGGAGGCGACCCACUGAAAUACCCACUGAUUUAAUACAUUUCCUUUAAUUUCUUAUUUUGAAUCCCUUUGAAUUUGAGUUAAUUUAUUUGAUAACUUUGACAGACAUUGCAAAUGUUGUAGCAUUACAUUGAACUGGUAUGAGGAGGUUUGUAAAUGUGUUGUGAAAACAUUGAUUGUGUGGACAAUUAAGAAGAAUCCCAAGUUUUGUUUUCAUGAUUCGAUGUUGGACUAUUUAUUUGGAAUUUCUUCUUCAUGUCUUCUUAAUGACAUUUUUAAUUUACUUGCUGUAUUUUGAGACUAAUGAAUGCAAUUUAAAUAAAUAGCAAUUCAGAUCACAGCAAACACUUAUCAGCAAAAUCUAAAUAACAUUAUAGUAUGUCCUAUCUUUUAAUUUUACUUUAAAAGUAUGUUAAGUUUCACUUAACAUACACACAAUCUAAGCACUUUAAUAGAGCUAUGUUAGACAGUGACGUUAAUUUAUUUUUUAUUUAUUUAGCUUUAGUGUUGGCACUAUUAAACAUGGCAUUUUUCAUGUGUGGUCAGAGAGAGAUGAUGCUGUUUAUGGACAAUGCUUAACUGUACAGACACUGUAUAUAUUUUACUAUUACAUAGUGGUUUACAUUUAUUGCAUGCACCUUUCAGGCCAAAAAUCAAAAUCUUUUAUGGUCUUCUAUUGUUGGCUAUGGAAAAAUAAAAAAAUGAGCACUGUUGAUUAUCGUUCAAGAUUUAAUUAUACUAUUUUCUAGGAAAAUUGGUAAAAUUAAUAAAUAAAAAUGUGCCCGGUUAAUCCUUUUAAAGCAGCACUUGAGAGACUUUUGAUAUUGUGAUUUGGCGCCCCCACAGAGUGUAAUUAAUUUAUACACCACUGUUGUAAAUAUGGACUGCUGUACAAGUGCAUUUGUUAUGAUUACUUUUGAUCAAAACCUAGCGAGUGGACAACUUUGCAACCACAUCCAAACAUCAAGCAAGUGCAACAACACAAGACAUACCAAGCCAGCUAAAAUGACUCACUAGCCUUACUUUAGCAACAAGGAAAGCUUUCUGUCCAUCAGGAAAUUCUGUAGAUUACUGAGUUAAGGCAGAGCAGCCAGAGGACAUCAAAGGACAAACCAGACAACAUUUUCUCUGUCAAAUAUCAUCCAGUUUUACCAAUAUUAGUGGUAGUGCCGUAAAGCGUUACAGCAAUUUCCUGGGAGAUGGUACCCGCCCACCAAAGUUACAUGCAAGAAAAGGCGUUUGGAGUACAGAGUAGGAAUGACAGAGACAUCAUUCUCCCAAUUGCAUGUCAUAGUAGCACUAAAAUGCUGUUUUUAUGGUAAAAAGUGGCAUAAUGUUGCUGUAAGUUGAGGAAUCUUCUUUGCAUACGGGUGGGAGGAUCAGCCCAGAAGUUCAGGCCAGACAACUGGUUUAAUAAUUUUUCUUUCAGCUAUUAGCUUACAUUAUAGACAACACUGACCUCUCAUCCUCUUCUACAUGUACUGUUAAAAGCAUGCAUUAACAUAAUGACACACUGCUGUUGUAUUUUGGUUACGCAAGCUUUUACAAGAGAAACUGUACUAAAACAAUUUAGGUGUUCUUAUUAAAUAAAGUUUUUCCCUUAAGUAUAAAUGCAACUGCAUAACCAGCGGGUGAGUUUCAAACUAAUCUACACUUUAAUGUGACUGUCAAUACAGACAGCUAUUGGCAAUUUAAACAACCCUGCAGUGGGACAGGGUUCAUUUAAUGUUUUAUCCUUCUAAAAUGAGCAAUAAAAAAACUAAACUGAAACUAAACAACUGAAUUGAUAUCAAAUAAAACUUAAGAGCUUCGUUCAAUUAAAAAGAAGCAUCUGCUUGUGUCAAGAAGAGAUGUUUAAGCCUUAUCAUCAAUUAUCUUUCUUUCUGUCUCUUUGAGAAGAAACACAAUGAGAAUGUACAUGUAAAUGAUUACAUAGUAAGGGAGCUGAUUCACUGGCUGGGCCUAAUUUCAUUAUUGUUUGACUUUUUCCCAUUUAAAUUAGCUUUGAAUGCCUUGAUGUUGUGUGAAGAGAAUUGAGAACACUGAGUUGUAAAUGCUGGGUAUGACAACAUGUAACACACGAUUUACAAUCCCUUACAGAGUACAAUUUUGAUAGACACCAGUAUGCAACAAAUGGAGACAGUGCUUCAGUAUGAUUUGUAAAUUCACAAUGGGUGUGAAUCACUUUGUUUAUGUACAUAAAUUAUGAAGAAGAGAAAACACUUGUCAUGCCCUUGGGAUUUUUGUAAAAGGGUAUAUAUUUUGUAAUUUCAGCAUUGUUACAGUAUAUCACCAUACAGUAUAUUAGACUUAUUGUAUUAUGCUGGACUGACCAUGUAGAAUACUUGGGGGUAAUGGGGUAUGUAUUUAUUUAAUCAUUAAUGGUAUUUAUUUAUUUAUUUAUAUAUUAAGAGAAAAAAUAUUUUAUGUUCAUGUAGCCCCUGAAAAGAAACACAGAAUGUUGUCAUUUAUAUCAAAGAUACAUUUUUGUUUGAUGUGUCAAUGGAGCUUGAGCUUAUUUAUCUUGUGUUUUCUAUGUUGUGAUCGAUGUACACUACUCUCACAAAAGCCUGUCAAAGUGUUAUAUCUGUUGAAUUAAUAAGUUGCAACAUAACCUGUUGUACAACUUCUGAGUAGUAAACUUGAACAUUUUCAGGGGGGAAAAAACACAAAAAACAGUUCCCAAGCCACCAGAAGAAGAACAUUUGCUUGUCUAAGUAACAAUUAAUUAUUUCCACAUUUUCCACCUCCACAAGGGUCUUCAUUGGUCUUGUUAUUUGCCAUAUUUAAUAAAGCAUCAGUGAUGAUACUAA